GGUUCACUUCCUGUAGGGACUGAAAACCAAGUGAGGAGAUGAAGGAUUGCACUGUACUACACCAGAGAAUACAGAGAGAAUAGACAUCACAGAUAGAUCCUGACCAUUACCCAAGGAACAACUGCACAACUGUGGGAAGACAUCCAGUCCCUUCACAGCAUUGCUCAACACAGAGAAGGUUGGACAGUGAAACCAUCAUCUGGAAUUCAGUCGGGUCAGGGGAGCUUUGACAUAUCAUCAGAUUUGAAACUGGUCAGUGGUGUGGAACCUUCCAUCAGAACCAACCUUUCCGAAGGUUCGGCUGUGGGUGAUCGGUCAGGGUCAGGCUGGAAAGAAGUGUGAGUGGCUCCAAGUGUGGUGAGAGCUUCAAUCAUUCAUCAAGCCUCAUGAACCAGUGACUCAUUCCUACAGGUGAGAGGCUGUUCAAGUGUGAGGUGUGAGAGGAGGGCUCCACAGGCUCAAACGAUCUCCUAACACACAAGGUGCAUCAGACACAACUACUUUUAAUAGAAGGGCAGCAACAUGGAAGAGAAGCCCUUCAAGUGUGGGGUGUGCAGAAAACGUUUUGUGACUUCUACGAGCUUCCUGAGACACCGGUUGAUUCACACAGGAGAGAAACCCUUCAAGUGUGAGGUGUGUGACCGAGCGUUCACGCAGUCAUCCACACUCGUGAAACACCGACGCAUUCACACAGGGGAGAAACCAUUUAAGUGUGAGGUGUGUAACAAGGGCUUUGCACGGUCAUCAACGUUGGUGAAACACCAACGCAUUCACACAGGUGAAAAACCAUUCACGUGCGAGGUGUGUGACAAAUCAUUCUCGGAGUCAUGGAGCCUCCGCGUUCACCAACGCAUUCACACUGGGGAGAAACCUUUCACAUGUGAGGUAUGUGACAAAUCAUUCUCAGACUUAACAAACUUCCGUGCACACCAGCGCAUUCACACUGGGGAGAAACCAUUCACAUGUCAGGUGUGCAACAAAUCAUUCUCGCACUUAACGACCUUCCGUGUGCACCAACAUGUUCACACUGGAGAGAAACCAUUCAUGUGCGAGGUGUGUGAUAAAUCAUUUUCACUGUCAUCGAACCUCCGCGCACACCAACACAUUCAUACAGGAGAGAAACCAUUCUCGUGUGAGGUGUGUGACAAAUCAUUCUCGCAGUCAUCGAAUCUUCACGCACACCAACGCAUUCAUACAGGAGAGAAACCCUUCAUGUGCGAGGUGUGUGAGAAAUCGUUCACACAGUCAUCGAAUCUCCACACACACCAACGCAUUCACACAGGAAAGAAACCAUUCAUGUGUGAGGUGUGCGACAAAUCGUUCUCGCAGUCAUCAACUCUCCUGCUCCAUAAGAGGAUCCACACAUGAAAGUAAUUCUUCAAGUAUGAGAUUUGUUGAUGAAAUUUUCAUGUCAUCUUCCACUCUCCUGGAACACCAGAGCAUUCAGAGGGGAGAAACUCACCAAGUGCAAUGUUUGUGACAUGGCUUUAACACGGUCAGUUUAUCUCCUGAAGCACCAGUGAAUCCACACUGGAGAGAAACCAUUCAGAUGUGACAAGAUUUUCAGUCAGUGUAUCUCCUGGUCCAUCAACACACUCAGAUGGGAGAAACCCUAUCGGUAUGAGUUGUGUAAUAAAGCCUUCACACAGAUGUCAGAGCUCUUGGAACAUCUGUGAACUCACACAGGAGACAAACCCUUCCAGUGUGACGUGUGCCAGGAUUGUUUCACCUACUCCUCCUCUCACACCAUAUACAGAUGUCUCCACGUGGACUUUGAGCUGGGUCACCUGUUUCCAUUACACAGAGUUGUCUGUGUUGUUUACCCUCCAGUGCUCACAUGGGGAGCUGUCGUUUCAAAGCACUGUCCGUCUCAACAGUGUCCGUCUCAAACCUCUCCCACCAUCAGUCCAAUCGUUUCAAGAAGGCCAAUUUAACCAUUGACCAGAUCACCAAACAUCACCAAUAGACUCUCCUGUAUAAACUCAGCAUCCUUUCAGUGCAGCGUCAGGUACAAGUCACUCACUGACUCUCACUCUGACCAAGAAGGCAAUCAGAUACUCAGUGGUUAGAAAGGCUUCAGCUUCUGAUCUACCAGCACAAGUGUUAUGAUCCCCAGCUGAGAUUAUCCCAAAAUGGAACCCAGCUUGAUAGAUCCUAACUUUUAUUUGUUUGUUUAGAUACGUGGAGAGUAGCUAUUGAACAGAGUCACAGGAGUCAGCUG